AACAUGGCAGUGCCGGCUGGGCGGUCGAUAGUGUUCGUGACUGGAAAUGCAAAAAAACUCGAAGAGGUCAUACAAAUUCUCGGCGACAAGUUCCCCUACAAACUAAUCUCGAAAAAGAUUGACUUGCCCGAGUAUCAAGGAGAGCCUGAUGAAAUUUCUGUACAGAAAUGUAAAGAAGCAGCACGACAGAUUGAUGGUCCUGUUAUAGUGGAAGACACCUGUCUUUGCUUCAAGGCGCUGGAUGGCUUACCGGGUCCUUACAUAAAAUGGUUUCUGGAUAAACUUAAACCCGAAGGCUUGUAUAAACUCCUUGCGGGUUUUGAGGACAAGUCUGCAUGGGCGCUUUGCACAUUUGCCUUCACAAGUGGGAAGGGUGAACCAGUGGAGCUCUUCAGAGGAAUAACACAGGGACAAAUAGUGGAACCAAGAGGACCUCGAGACUUUGGUUGGGAUCCUUGCUUCCAGCCGGAAGGAUAUGAUAAAACAUAUGCUGAACUUCCCAAAGAGGUGAAGAACACCAUCUCCCACCGCUACCGGGCACUGGCUGCUAUGUCUGAGCACUUCUCCCCUGAGAAGAGGCAGAAGACUGAUUAAAUCAUGACACAUGCUCCCCUGUCCUGUUUUUAAAUAAAGGUUUU